AUGGUGGAAUCUGGAAUCGAAGACGAAGUUUCUGUUUCUCUUUUACACUUACAAAAACCGCUUGAAAAACUUAUUCUUAUUGUAUUGAAGAGAGCUACUAUAAUAAUCAAUUUAGAAAUUUGUAUAUGUCCGAGAUACUACGAAGGUCCAUUAUGCGACCUCAAGAAGUGCCUCUAUGGAUUAAGAAUCAAGGAUGUUACCGGUAAAAGCAUUUGCAGGUGUUCAGAUCCGCAUAUUGAAGGUACUUUUUGUGAGUUGAUUAAUUGUGAGUUUGGCGGUAAACCUGAGAACGGAUCUUGCUUAUGCUUCCCAAUGUUUCGGACCGGUCGUUUUUGUGAGAAAUACACGGUGACAUUCUACAUUGCUUCUGCAGCAUUGUUCAUAUUCGGGUUAUUAGUGCUUUGUUAUAUGAUCAUCUCUCCCACUUGGAUAGAAAGACAAGUUGAAGAAGAUGCAUUAAGAAGAAUUUCCAUAGGAACAUACUUUCGUUUUCUGCAAUUUCUUCUAGGGUUGGAGGUCCCGUCUGGAGCUUCGCUUGACCAUCGUUUCCAAAAUGAAAGGAUUGAAGGCUGUCGAGGCUCUACAGUGGAGCAAUGUGUGGAAAUGAUUUCAAGAAUGGAUCCAAGAGUUCUUGCAGCUGUUGGGGAGCACUGGCAAAAGUAUUUGGAUCCACCUCCUCCAUAUGAACAAGCUAUAGUUUCUUGCCCAACGCAGCCGCCUUCAUCAAGAGCCGGUGGGAGUCCUCCUCCUUACACAUCAAGUAAUGAACAAAAUUCACAUGAUGCUGAAUCUCGCGUUGAACAACAACAUAUAACAGAUUUGACUUCUAAUCGGGAAGAUUUGUCUCAGGGUGGUGAAACAAAUUGCUGA